GUCCUGCCAGGAAAUGAGACAUCUCAUCUGGCUCUGUCACCAUUAAUAUAAUUAGCUUAGGCUGCCUUGCAACCAUAGCUGCUUAGCUGCACUACAGUCACUUCUUUAUGCUGCAGCCCAGGGGUUAUGUGCCACAACUUGUUCCUGUUCAGCGGAUUUCUCACGUUCUAAGGGGACUUGGAUGUACAGAACAUACCCAGGAGCCCCAGGCGGAUCAGCCACAAGACGGGUAUCUCGUGGAGCGCACAGCUGACACUUGUGCGUCAGCUGCAGAAAUAUGGAGUGACUUCCUCUUAAAGAAAAUCGCCACAGGCUUAAUAUUACUGACCUUUGAGAUGUAUUUUACGUCAAAACCUCUCUAGGGGAAAUAAAGCUGGAUGCAUGCACCACUGUCGUUUCAUGGGCUGUGAUUUUUAAGCAUCAGUUGCAUCGGCACAAAGUUUAGUCGCGCGUCCUGUGUAAGCUGUACACACUCAGGAGGCACCUGAGGAAUUUGCGGUGCUGGCCAAGGUGGGACGGUUCUGCCUCGUGAGUACGCAGGGUGCGCGCUCCUGUCUCCAUAUCACUGACACUUAAAAAUUUAAUUCUCCGGCUCCACGAGACGGACAUGAAUUACGGAGCGCGCACGAGCAGCAGCGAACGAAAGCUCCGAACAUGCACGCCGAUAACCACCAAAUGACACCAAACACGUGGUGUCAUAUUUAGCUGGUCUGGAUCCAAAAUUAAUUCCGAGCGUAAGCUUUGUGGCGCACCGGAGUGACUUGCUAACAAGCGCAGCUACCAGCCUGUUUGUGUUUGCAACCUGUAGUCAGUUGCUGGGGACGCACGUAGUAAAAUGAGGUUUGGAAGCAUCAUCUUAUUCGUCGCUCUCUGCUCUUUUACCGCUUAUUAUAUUUAUGAGCCCAUUCCCGAGGAGAUAGAGGAGAGAUGGAAACUCAUGCUCAUCAACUCUUUCUUCAGAAGUCUCAGCCACCUGGCAGACUUCAGUGAAUUACUGGGGCUGAAAGACUACAUGGGGGUGAUGUACUUCAUUACUCUGGCUGAAAAGGUAGUGCCUGUGUCUGACGAGCAUGUCAAGGUGACAGAGGAGAAAUUUGAUGGAGUGGAGGUGGUGCUGUACCAGCCAAAGCAGAGGGGCGGUGACAUUGAGCUCAGGAGGGCUGUCAUAUACCUGCACGGUGGAGGGUGGUGUCUGGGUAGUUCCAUGAUGAGUCCGUAUGAUCUCCUGGCCAGAAAAAUUGUCACCGAGCUAGAUGCAGUGGUUCUUUCUGUAGAGUACCGACUUGCUCCUGCUCACCACUUCCCUGUGCCAUAUGAGGACGUAUACAAUGUGGUCAAACACUUCCUCCAGAAGGGGGUGCUGGCCCAGUACUCUGUGGACCCAGGACGCAUUGCUGUGUCGGGGGAUAGUGCUGGGGGGAAUCUGGCAGCUGCUGUCUCCCAGCAGCUGCAAAAAGAGCCUGGACAGCAGGUUCAGUUGAAGGCCCAGGCACUCAUCUACCCCGUGCUGCAGGCUCUGGAUCUCAACACGCCUUCCUAUCAGCAGAAUCAGGACAUGCCCAUUCUGCCGCGCACCCUCAUGGUGCGUUUCUGGAGUGAGUACUUCACCAGCGACAAGGCCCUUUUCAGAGCCAUGAUGGCCAACACCCACAACAACCCUGAGUCUUCCAGCCUGCUGAAGUUUGUCAACUGGAGCGCCUUUCUGCCAGAAACGUAUCACAGAAAAUAUAAUUAUAGUGCUCCUGCCGUGGUGCAAGGAGUCGGAGGGGAGGCAGUUGGGAAGGAUGGACCAUCUCGAUCUAUUGCUGACCCGAGGGCAUCACCCCUCCUGGUUCCAGACACUGCCUUACGCUCUCUGCCCAAGGCUUACAUUCUGACAUGUGAGUAUGAUGUUCUCCGAGAUGAUGGGAUCAUGUAUGUCACACGGCUCCGUGCUGCUGGUGUCGAGGUGACGCAUGAACACUAUGACAAAGGAUUUCAUGGAGGGCUGAUGUUCACUGUGUGGCCAACUGACUUCCUCAUUGCACAUCGCAUGACAGACAACUUUAUUAAAUGGCUCAAGGAAAACUUGUAAAAAGAGAAAAAAAACUCUUGACUAUUAGUCUUCAUUCCAUUUUUUUUCCACACAAUGCACCAGUGUUGGUUAGGUGCAAUUUGUUCCUGUCUGGCAUUCAACUUUUGUUAUUCUAUUCUUUUUCUUUGGUUAUGCAAUGUUUCUGAAAAUAUGUUAAGAAAUCAAUCAACGUUUGUUUUUCCACUCAUGGGUUGUACCACAUUAGAUACCAGUAGGAAAGGAUUUUUGAAAUAAUAGUUCUCAUUUGUUCAAAUAAGAUGGUUUGAGUAAAACACAAUAGAUAUGACAUCUUUCAAGAACAAUAGUAGUACUGUGUUCAUUGUCCAAUGAACACACUAUUAUGCAGGGAGAUUUUAGGGGAAAAACAAACGGUGGAAAAAUUGCAAAAUUUGUUGUGUUAUGUAAGGUUAGAUGUGUAUGUUUUUUUGCUGGUUAGCUUGCCUUUUGUGGUACUACUGAUUCUUGUUUCCCAUCACAGGACCUUCAACCUGUUCCAUUAUCCAUUGCAUCAGAAUCAAUACUGUUAACGCAUGCCAAAAAAUAAAUCUGAGCUAUCCCAUUUGGAGUUUCAAGGAUCCAGUAUAGGUACUAGCAAAGGAGGAAAGGAUUUUCACAACAUGAAAAAUGAUAUGCAGAUCAGCCAAAGUGAACACUGAAUGUAGCCUGUACUGACACCUGAUGAUUGCUUUGUCUGUUUGCAAAACUGUAACCCCUGUGUAGUGGUUUCUGACAGUGCAUCAAUGACUGGCAAGUGGUUUUCUGUUAAACACAGUUGCUUGCAAAAGGAAAACAAUUAGCCCUUAUAUGUGUAACCCAUACACGUGGCACAAAGGGAGAUGUUUGCUUGUAUAAUAUUUAUGAUAUAUCCUUCAAGUGAUUUAAAGGAACAGUUUGUAAGAUUUAGGGGAAUUUAGUGACAUCUAGUGGUGCAGAUUACAGACUGCAGCCAGCUGAAACUUCUACCAGUUCCUUCAGUGUUCAUUGUUCAGGAGGUAUUCACUGGGAGCUGAAAUAUCUGCAGAGGUCUCCUCCACUCCCAAACAAACGGACCAGGUGAUUUAAACCAGUAAAAACGCUUAAUAAAGCAGUUAAUGUUAAAAAAAAUGCAUUUUCAAUGCUGCUCAUUGCAGUGGGGCUGCUAACUACAGUGGCCGACGUGAAAAUGCCAAUGGCUCUAUCUAGAGCCAGCGUUUGGUUUGUCUGUUCUGGGCUGCUGUAGAAUCAUGGCAGUGCAACAUGGUGAUCUCCAUGGAGGAGGACUGGCUGAUAUAAAUGGCUCAGUCUGAGGUAACGAAAACACAAUGAUUCUUAUUUUCAGGUGAUUAUACACCAAAAAAAAAACAAAAACCCAUAUAUAUUAAAUUAAAUCCCAUAUCUGCCAAUAUAUCAUCUGAAAUCCUACACACUGGACCUUUAAAUUGCUGAGUGAAUGGUGUCUUCAUCAGCACAACAUGUUAGUCUUAUUUCCACAUAGUUUCAGAAGUAUAACAAAGACAUUAUUUUAAGUCUUAAGGCUGUACAUCAGGGCAACACAAUUAAAGUUCAUUAGUCACAUUCCAUACUGAAUAACAAUUUGCAUACCUCCAAACACUCUUCAGACCAUGUAUACACAACUUUUUGUGUUUAAGCUUAGCUAGUGUGAUAUAGCAAUACGGCAACGAGAGGAAUAAUGUCAAGCUUGGGCAACAUUUUAUUUUGCCUCCUAAUAUUUACAUCACAUGUCUCAAGUGAGCUCCCUAUAAUAAGAUUUAUAGGUCUGUGUGUGUGUUUGUGUGUGUGUGUGUGUGUGUGUGUGUGUGUGUGUGUGUGUGUUUGUGUGUGUGUGUGUGUGUAAGCGCACUACGGCCUUCUUUGUUCAAGCAUGAUUUUAUUGCAGUGUAAGUAAACAGCUUUACACAUGUAAACAUCAUACUGGAAUAAGAAUAAUGUUCAUUAAGUCAUAAAUGUGAACUUCUACACGUUAAUAAUGAAUAACCCAGUACAGAAUAUAGACCUGCCUUUGUGUAGUGGAUAUAUUGCAUAGGCAAUGACACAGAGGUUGCUUUGUUAGAGGAAGUUGCCAGUGCAAGACCAGCUACCAGUUUGUAUGCCCAUAUGUGUUUCUGCUUGUCAAGGUAUGACUUCAGUUUAUUAAUCCUCAGUUGACUUUAAGUCCUCUGCUCUAAUAGCAUUCUGAGGAAACGUGGUUGCUUGUUUUCCCCUGAGGCCCAACAAUCAUAUGAGGUGGCUUGAAACCAUUCACUUGUCUCUCCCUCUUAUCUCCUUUAUCUUUCUGUCUAAGGGCAACAUCACCCUGUGACUCCUCAGCACGUGGACUGGCUAUCUAAUAGAUAACAGGGCGGUAAAGGUUACCAAAAAAAAUAAUCCCUCACAAGAAUGUCUCUGUUAUUCAAUGUCUCACUGCUCUUUAAGGCUAAGUGUUUAAAAAGAGACACAGCUGAUUAACAAAACACCAAAAAGUCACCAUUUUUAGGCAUGCCAUGAUUUGAGGGGGUUUUUUUCUUGCUUUUGCAAAGAAGAUACACUAUCAUAUAAAGUAUGUGACUUUUAAUCAAGUGUCUGUUUGUGACAGAAACGUGGCUGGUUUGCUUAAGCACUGCUACAUUCUCCGUUGUAAAUAUGACUAUUUCUAUUCCCUCUUGGAGAACUUGUGAUUUGCAUCAUUUUUAAUUCUAAUGUUAUCUGUCAAUAAAUUAACUUGACCUGUAA